AUGAACCUGCUCGCCAUCGUCACGCGGUCGCUGGUGGUGGUGUACCGCUCCACAACACUCACUGUCGUCACGACACUCGCGCUUUCGCUCAAGGCGGACGAGACGGUGGUGUCAGCGUGCUGGUCGCCAUCUGGGCGGCUCCUCGCGAUCGGGCUGCAGCUUGGCGAGUUGUACCUCCUCGACGUUGAAAGCGGCGAUCUCGUGCGGCGCUUCGUUCCGCGCAGCGGCAUCGCGUUAGCCAUUGAGGCCUCACGCGCACAGCAGCAGCAGUCCGAUGAGUUUGCUGAUGAUGAGGACGAUGCUCCUGCCGCUGUUGGUGGUGGCGGUGGAUCCACUGACGGUGAUGUUGGGGUGGGUCCGCUGCGCCAGCCACCCGUUCUGCCCAUCUCCGUGGACGGGGCGAUCGUGGCGUGCACAUGGACCUCCGUCGCGCCACACUCAGCUGCGCUGAACAGCCACAAGGAGUUGUGCCUACCGUUGCGCGCCACGGUGUCUUCACCGAUCCUCGAGGAGGUGGAGCACGACGGCGACACGCCCGUGAUGCUGCUUCUGGAUCAAAACGGAGGUCUCUGUUUUCUGCCGGGCGGCUUGCAAGAGGUCUGCGUCGCCGUUGUGAAGCUGCCCUGGGCGUUGGAGCCGCGGCGCAUGCGCGUCGAGACAUUUGUUGUGACGGCUCCACCUCCUGCAGAGAAGGGCGACAGCAGCUCCAGCUACAACAGCAGGGAAUUCAGCAACAGUAACAACAACAACAAUAACGUGGGUGGGGGCUGUGGUGCGACAUCACACGCAGCCUACCUGGUGGUGGAGGACAAUGCGGCAGCGAAGACGUCGCUGUCCUCGCUGGUGGCACGGAUUCCUCUCGCCGAUACCGUUAUGCGGGUAGCGGGCCGCGAGACAGUCGCCAUCUGCUGUAUCGCGGAGUACUGCCGCAUGGGUAGAGUCUCCUACCGGGACGCGCGCCGGCGGUGGAGGCACCUCCUCCAGACGGUGCGGAAAGACUUACUACUGCCGCAGAAUGCGCUGCUGUUGCGCAAUGCGGUUGUGGAGGACGUAGCGCAGCCCUCAAAUAACGAGUUGCUGGCGUACUUCAGGUCCCUUGACUUGGCUGCGCUGACGAAAGACUCGGAGGAGCUGACGCGGCAGUUCACGCAGCUGGUCCUGCAGGUCUCUAAUGUGGCGUACCGCUGCUACGACGUUGCUCUCAACAUGUCGCUAGCGCAGUCCGGUGACCGCCAGCGUCAGUGCCUCCUGAUGGACGUCAUUGGAGGCCUGCGGCAGCGGUGCAGCAACUUCCUGCGGCAGAUGCGGCUCGAGGCCGAUCGUGAGCGCGAGCUGGUACAGUGGGUGGCGCAGCGGGCCGCGCUGCUCACCGACACGGUUAGCGGGAAUGCGUUCGCGUCGCGCCCACCGCUGCGGGCGGUGCGGCACCCGUCGCUUCUGCGCACGCUUCACCGUGUCGGCCGCGGCGAGUCGACGACGCUGCCACUCGUUGAUGAGAGCAGUGCGCAGGAGGAAGAUGAGGAAGAAGAGGAGUUGUCACACAUCGUCAAGGCAUGCCUGCUGGGCGGCCGCGAGAUGGCUGGACACAUUGUCCCGCUUCUCAAUGACGUGGGCGCGGAGGAAGUUCUGCAGCGGCACUGCGAGGUGCUCGUCGUGGACGCAACAACCGGAGGUGGGAGUGCGUCGGUGGCGGAUGGGGUACAGUUACACGCUGUGACGCUCACGCAGGAGGCGGUGCCCAGUAAACCUCUCAUGGCGUUCUAUGCACUAGAGACCCGCAGCGAAACAGAUUUCUUCUUCGUACCACAACAGAAAUUCGUCGCUGUUGAGAUGGAGCCGUUGCAGUUCAGCGCAGGGAGCGCCAGACUCUUGUGGUGCGGUAUAGUGGACGAUGAGGGGCACUCCGUACUGCUGUGGGAACGGGCCGUCGCGGCAUCUGACAACGCGCUGGUGAUGGCGCUGGUGAGCGAGACCGGCGCUGUUGAGCUUCAGGCGGAAGACGAAGACAGGGAUUCUGCGGCAACGGAGGAGCAGGAGCAGCAGCCGGAGGAGGGAGAGCAGCAAGAAGAACAACAGCAAAACCUCAAGCACAGCAUUUUGGAGGUCAAGGGCAUUGCCACGAAGCACCUGCGGGCAUCUGUGAGUCGAGCACGCGGCUUCGGGGUGUUUUACGCGAAGGAACGUUUCAUUGUCGUUGACUUCUACACGUGUUAG